UCUUCUAAUGAUCAUAUUCAGUCAGUGCACUAUAAAUGCAACAUAGCACAUAUAUAUAGCAUUAAUCAACAUUCAGCAAGAGUUUGUAACAACAUUAUUAUCAUGAUCUUCACGACGAGGAAGCUGGUAAUUACCACCACAAAUUUACAAGCCGCAGUGGGUUUGGCAGCCAUAAUGAUAGCAAUUAUGGCGCAUCCUUCAACUCAGAUGAUCACGAUUGAUGUGAAAAACGAGCUGUGCAGUCUCAAUGUGAUAGCGCAUUGUCAAUCCAAAGACGACGAUCUUCGUGCUCAGGUCCUCGACACCGGCUCUGUUCUCAGUUGGAAUUUCACGGCACGAUAUGGAGUUGGUGCAACUGUUUUUUGGUGCAACCUCGCGGUUCGAGAUAAGCGUCUUUCUUUCACAGCAUUUAACGCGGACAAUGAUAAGAAUGAUAUGUAUUGGGUUGUGAGGAAGGAGGGAGUUUAUACAAGAAUAUACGGUCCUGCAGCAAAAUUCCAAUUUGGAUGGAGGAAUGGAGCCUUGUCGGUCUCUGAAUCGUAUUGUUAUGCCGGGCCUUGAUUAUUUUCAUGCCUUUUUAAUUAGGGAAGAAAUUAAAGGCAGCGCCUCCAGUAGUUUUCAUUUUUUUGUUUUGUUUGAUCUCAUGUGUUGUAGCUGUUUUGGUCCCUCUUCUUUGAGUACUGCUAGCCUAGUUAAUUGUGAUAGUAAAUGAUAUUUUAUAAUUGGACAUUUCUCGACAAUUUGAAUUAUUGUGACAAAUUGAUUCUUAAUAUGGUAUUAUAAAUUUUUAUAACCGAUCGAAAAAUAUUUUAUUCGAAUCCGAUAAUCUUCAUUGUUCUGUUAAGCACGUGAUUCUUGACAAAUUGGAGCGAUUGGAGCCUUUUUAUUUAGCAAUAUAUAUAUAUAUAUUUAUUUAAAAGCUCAAGUAACCGGAAAGGAUUGUUACUAUUCCUUACGAUUUUUUUUCUCCCACUUCACUAUUCAUUGGAGCAAGUAUCUCCUACAGCCGGUUUCAUUAUUAACAGUCGGUCUCAUUAUUAAUUGCUCAUAGCCCACCCUAGAUAACGUAUGGAGCUGGGCCUUAGUUUUGCUUUUUCUUUCAUUUGAUUUUGUUUUUAUGUGAAUACGUUUACAAGUUUGAAAUUUAGUUGGCCCGGUUGAGUAAGUGGGUUGAGAGUUAAUUGUUCGCUCAUUUUAGAUUAGUUUAACUCGGAUUUGUGAAAACGGUUAUUAUAGUAUUCAUACACUUAUAUAUUAUGUGAAUACAUUUACAAGUUUGAAAUUUAGUUGGACCAGUCGAGCAAGUGGGUUGACGGUUAAUUAUCUGCUCACUUUAGCUUGAUUUAACUCGUAUUUAUGAAAAAAUUUAUUAUAGUAUUCAUACAUUAAUAUAUUGAUAUCAAAUAUCUUCUGACAUAUAUGUAAUAUAACAUUACACGAAAAUAACAGUUCGUAUUUGGAUCUAACAUAUAGUGAAAAUUCAAACACAUUCACAUAACAUCAAUAUUCAAAUAUACAAUUUAGAAUUUUAAAUGUAGGGUUAGGCGAAGGGAAAAAUCGAAAAUGAGUCGUAAUUCGCAAACCAAAGGGAAAAAAACGACACCAUGUAAUCUAUUAUUUGCCUAAUGUCAUCAAUUUGCAUUAUACAAAGGUUCCACAAUGUUAGUUAACUUUGACAUAACAUUUUAAUCGUAUGUUACUUUCUAAAAUUUUAUUUUUUUUAUUAGACCAUAUAAUUAAAAGCACAAGAGCUUUUUACUAUUCAUUAAGGAAAAAUAGACUAUUUUCUCUUUUCGUGGUAAUAACCAAUUUUACGCUACAGUACAACCACUUCUACGAUAAGAACUUUAAUUUCUCAUAAAUAAUAGGAACCAUAUUAAAUUAUUUCUUUAAUAUUAGCUAAAAUUUUAUUGUUAAUUAAAAUAUUUAACAUGU